GAUUUCUAACAUGUUUACUGUUUAGUGAAGGAUUAAAAAAGGCUACAGAUCUGAACAUGGUACUUCAAGUACACCAGGAGUACCUGCAGAAGAUUCAUGACAGAUGUUUUCUGCAUCCGACGGCAAGCAUGUUAAAGGAAGCAGUCAGUAUGAUUGUAAGGAUAUGUCUUGAGGUUCACACUAGUGUUCUGGAGUCAAGUAUAAAUACCAGAUCUAUUCGUGCUUGGGAGGAGAGAUAUGCUAGGUGCCACAACUUCCUAGCUUCAACCCUGAGCACUAUGGUGAGAAGAAGUAAACUACCACAUAUAGAGGGUCUAGCCGCAGCAUUAGUCCACAGUAGUCCAGAGCAACAGUGAAUAAUAUCUCAUGUGGAAAAUCUAAUCGUAGUGCUGCACAUUUCAUUUCUCAUUAACUCAACUAUUGAGAGAUUCUAAUCAUACAGAUGACUUAGUUAAAGAAGAUUUUUAUUAAAUGAUAAAAUACUAUAUUUUUAAACUUGAAAACCUUGUGAUAAAUGUAAUAAAUGAAGAAUUUGGUUUAGCCAUGCUAGGAGUAAGAAUGUAUUUCUUUAUCUGAAAAGAUAAGCAUUACCUUUAGCUUGAAAUUUGUUUAUGGUCUCACAG